UGCGUCGUUCGGAACCGUGGGUACCACCACUUUCGCGCCAAUUGCUUUGUCCCGUGUUCAAGUGACCGUUUUUGAUAACGAUUCAAAAUGAACAGCAUUGAAACAAAUCGACAUUGACACAUCGCUGACCUCACCGUGCUCUCCGACGAUCCGAAAUAUUCCAUUUUGCAAGUCUCGUGGUUCGCGUUGACACACCGCGUGGAGUGAUCGCACCGCGUUCAAUCGGUUUCAAAUACAUAUUUCAAAUCCAGUAAUUUCAUUUUCAUCCAAAAACCAAAAAUGGCCAUGGCUUCAAUUUCUCACGUUGAAGAAGCAGUUGAAGAUCAUGAAGAAGAUGAUGGACCAAUUCCAAUCUCAAAACUUGAAGAACAAGGCUUUGCUAGUGGAGAUAUAAAAAAGCUUCAAGAAGCUGGAUUUCACACAGUUGAAUCUAUUGCUUUUGUGACAAAAAAGCAUUUGAUUACCAUAAAAGGUAUAAGCGAAGCGAAAGCAGAUAAAAUAUUGGCAACAGCAUCUAAAAUGAUUCCACUUGGUUUUACUUCAGCUACAGUAUUUCACUUAAAAAGAUCUGAAAUCAUUCAAUUAACAACUGGUUCAAAGGAAUUAGAUCGUCUAUUAGGCGGAGGUAUUGAAACUGGUUCAAUCACAGAAAUAUUUGGAGAAUUUAGAACUGGUAAAACGCAAUUGUGCCUUACUUUGGCUGUUACUUGUCAGUUGCCCAUUAGCCAAAAUGGUGGAGAAGGUAAAUGCCUUUUCAUUGAUACUGAAGGUACGUUCCGACCAGAACGUUUGUUGUCAGUAGCUGAAAGGUAUCAAUUAGUGGGAAGUGAUGUACUUGAUAAUAUUGCUUGUGCUAGAGCAUACAAUACAGAUCAUCAAACACAAUUGUUACUUCAAGCUGCUGCUAUGAUGGCCGAAUCAAGAUAUGCAUUAUUAAUUGUAGAUAGUGCUAUGGCUUUAUACAGAACUGAUUAUUCUGGUAGAGGAGAAUUAUCAGCUAGACAAAAUCAUUUAGCCAGGUUCCUUAGAAUGUUAUUACGUCUAGCAGAUGAGUUUGGCGUUGCUGUUGUCAUUACCAAUCAGGUGGUUGCUCAGGUUGAUUGUGCAACUAUGUUUGCAGCUGACCCAAAAAAACCUGUCGGAGGAAAUAUAAUGGCACACUCAUCUACUACUAGAUUGUAUUUGCGUAAGGGUAGAGGGGAAACAAGAAUAUGUAAGAUAUAUGAUUCUCCUUGUUUACCAGAAUCUGAAGCCAUGUUUGCUAUUAAUGCUGACGGUGUUGGUGAUGUAAAAGAAUAAUUUUUUUCUUAAUUAUUAUUAUUAUUUUUUUAAUUAUUAUUAUUAUAUAUUUUUCACUACUAAGAAUUUAUUUUUUUGUUCAAUUUGAUUGAUAAUCUUACUGUAGAACCUAAGUGUAAAUAGUAUUUUUUGACAUUUAUUAGGUUCAAACAUUAAAAUUAUAUUACAUCUAUUUAAUGCUCCUUAUUUUGAUAUCCCAUUGUCU